CGCCGCGCAGAAGCACUGGCGGCCAGAGCCUGUCAGCUGCAAUUUCAAGCGGGAGGCGGGCGGCGCGUGUGGGCUGUGCUCGUUGAGUCCGUUAUUUUGGAGGCUGUCAAGGAACCACGCACUUACUGCCUGACAGCCAAUGGCGGAAUGUGGGUCUAAGGAUCUGCGAGAAGAUGCUCUCAUCGACUUCUUGGCGAAGAAAGGCGGCCGAGUUAAAAACAAGGAGUUGGUGGAGAGGUUUAAAAAAUUCAUCAACGCGCCGGAGCCUCAGCUGAAAGCUAAAUAUCGUGAUAUCUUCAAAGAUAUUGUCAACAAAAUUGCACUGGUCAAACAGGAAGAUAAUGGUAUACACGUGAUGUGCAAAGCGAGAAAGACACAGGGCGAAAAAUAUGUUGUUCUUAAAAAGAAAUAUCAACGUCUUGUACGGGAAAGAGAUGGAUACCACAAAGAAGAAAACAUUACAAUGAGUACUCCUGCAGAAGAGUUUGUUGAGCAGUUACGGAAAGAAGAACUAUCCCCACAUUCUGAGGAAGAAAAACAGCAGAACUCUAACUCUGAUGCUCCAAAAAGCAAGAAGACCUUUACAAUGGAAACCCUACUGAAAAUAGAUAUUAGUGAACCUACAAGCAGCAAGAUUUCUGCAGGGAGCUCUACAGAAGAAAAAGUGAACAUGUGUGAGUGGCUUGUACAAGAAUUACCUCCACCAGCAGCUGACACUAAGAUCAAGGUGCCUUCAGAGCUAGCAAGGCAGAGCCAGGAAAGACCCAGUAUUUGCUUCAGUGAAGCAUUCGGAGGAAAACAGGGCAAAAGGCUUGAUACCGCAUCUGAAAGUGUUACAGAAUGUCCAGUGCAGAUUGAAGUAAAGGUGGAAGAGCCCCAAACAGAUGGAUUUGAUGCUGUGUUCAAGGAUGACUCUGUGCAAAAUGGAUUUGAAGAUGGCACUGGAAGUAUGGGUUCACCAUCUGUUGCUUUGGAUCCUUUGGAAAAGGAGUGGCUGAAGUGUGCUGCCAGUGGGCAAUUAACUGCUUUGUGUGACCUCCUCAGGCAGGAUCCAUCUUUGGCAACAAAAAAGGUAAAUAGAAAGUAAUUGCCACAUAUAUAUAAAAAAAAACAAAAAGACAACAACUUAAACUUUUCAUGAGUUGGAAUUUGGUGUCAGCAACAAAGGAUUGGCCCUCACCACUGACCUUAAAGAAGUUUACCUAUGAAGAUCAAAUGAUACUUAGAGUGUAAAUUAAGCUAGUAUGCCAAGAUUGACAGGCUAGUAAAUUAAAUGAAAGUUUGUGCUGCCCAGGAAAUCUUGAGCCAUCAAAAGACUGUAGAAAAACAGUUUAAGGGCAUGAAGGGGUAAUAAUGAGGUGAGCUGACCUUGAAGAGAAACUCAUCCUGUUCUUGCCACCUCACCGCACUCACUAUGUUCUGGGGAAAAAUGAUCAUCUCAGCCUGCCACUAUUUAAGCAGGUUAUCCCCAGUUUCCCCAGUCUGGUUGGUCUCUGGCCCCCCAAACCCCUGCCCUUACUGAUCUCCCUGAAUUCUCUCUCCCCAAACACCCAUUCCCUUAUGAGGUUUCCCCCUGAUGCUGGAUCACCAAAGGGGUAGGUCUCAACUGAUGGACUUUUGGAUUGAGAAGCUGCCUGUUCCUAAUGGGCCAAAUGAUUCUGUCACCGUCAAAGCCUGUAAUAAAAAAAAGGUUUAUUUAACCUAUUUUUAUAACCAAUCUGUUCAGAGAUAUUAUUACACAUAUCUGGAAUAGGUGGGACUUGAACCCAGACCUCCCAGUCCAGGGAUAGGGACACUACCACCACAAGAGGGCCCGAAAGCUUGCGAUAGGCAUAAAGACCCAACCGUAGUAAUUCUGUCAACUCUCAACUAACUCGAUCGUGUCAAUCAACUUGUUGUUUAAACAAUGGAAGUGGCUUAUCACUGCCACCUACCAAAUUCGCAAGCAUAUGCUUUUAAACAAAACAGAUAAAAUUCCAUCCUAAGAAACUGUGGCCUGUCUGAAGUAAGUCUGCAAAUGUUGAGACAACAGUGGUUUCCCUUUUUUUAUGCAUAUGUGCACCUAUUGUUCUGAGACGAACAACUGACUAGUUGAGUAAGAAGUUUGGGCAUCCUAGUCCUAUGAGAAGAUCGGUGUCAGACAAACACUGGGAUCCAGCUUCACUCUGCAUCCUUGACUAGGAGGUUGUCAAUUUUUGGCCAUGAAAUAAGAAUGACAAAAUGAAGAGUGCCAAAAGGCUACAGUUCCCUUGGAACUGGACCUUAACCUUCAGAAACAAAUGUAAAAUGAAGCAAAAGCAUUUUUGAUUUAAUCUGUGACUUAGUUGUUAGUUGAUCUGCCACUAUCAUGCUCUAUUGAAUUUGGAGCAUUGUAUGAAGGUGAAAUGCUGCGUUUCAAAAUAAAACAAAAUGCUAUCGUCAUUGGAUCUUUCAGUCGUGCUUCUUGAUUAGCUGAUCAAAGUGGUAUUGAUGCUAAUUAAGGCAUUAAGUUUUCCUUACAGUUAAAGAAGAUAUACUUACCUUUUAGAGAUGGGGUAAACCUUUAAAUUCCAAAUCAAUGCCUAAUUCACCAGGAAUGUGUAAAUUCAGCAUCCAUUAGUUACAUUUAAGUAGUGUGUUUUAUUUUAGUAGUGUUUGUUCUGGGAGCUACCUUAUUGCUCUACACGCCAUUACUUAUUACUUUACUAGUAAAGAAACAUCUGUGUUAAAAUAUCUAUUUUCUCUCGCUUUAUAAACCACCUGAUGAAAAUCUAAAGGACUUCACAUCUGUAAGUGACUAUGUUUAUACUUCUACGUUUAAUUUGGAGUUUUGAAUUCAUCAUCUAAAAUCUAUAGUACUUAAAUAUGUUUAUAUGCUUGUAUCCAAUCUCUUACACAAUGAGUAAAUUUAAGUAACAACUGAAGAAAUGUCUGUGAGUGAGAUAAUUGAAUAGCACCACCAAAAUGAUAUUGUAACUGUGUAGUUAAAAUACAAAGGUAAGAAUUAACUAACUUAAUAUGUACUUUGUCACUUGAACAAGCGACCCAAGUUCCUUAAUGUAUCUUUACAAGGAGUUUAAGAAAGAUACUAAAUGCCCUUGAUCUGUCUCUAGACACUGUCACUAUGUUAAUUUUAUGUAGGGUUUCACUUUUUCUCUCCAAAGGCAGUGGACAUUCCCACACCACAGAUUCCCAUGUUGUAAUUCUGGAAUACUGAAUAAAGUUUAUAGGUAUUUAGAAGCUAAAUAUUACAAGUUUAAGCAACCAUGUCUGGAUGUAAAUUGUAGAGCAUCCUACUUGCGAUCUGAUUUCAAUUCGUUUUGCUGAUAUUUCAAAGUUGGAAAUAAUAUUUUGAGAUGCUUAACAUGAGGAUUUUUGCUUUAUUUGAUUUUUUUUUUCUGGAUUCAUAGAAGCUGAAUAGAUUAUCUGAUGAAAAAUGUUCUGACUUUGUGUAAUUUUAUAUUGGCCAAGAUGUCAAAAGAAUAGAGAGAACUUGUAUGAAUAUCUAAGUUUUAAAUUCUUGACUAAAUAUAUCUUUGUUUUUCUCUGUGCACUGUUUAUGUGAAAUGAAUCAUCUUGGCUGAUUACUAUAACUUCAAAACAAUCUCUCUGAUGUUAGGGGGUAAGUACCUACGCAAACAGAUCCUGUAGCCUGUAUAUCUCUGAAUUUUGUUUAGGUUUCAUUUGUCCCACACUGGUAUAGAUUGCAACUUGUGAAAUUUCUCUUCAGAAGCCAGUUGAAUGCAUUUGAAUUAGAAGGUUUUGCAUUUUAUCCGUCCUAACACCGUGGAAGCUUUUGCACGUUUUAACAAAAACGUCCAAAAUGCUUACACAAUCAUUUAAAGCUAGCUUUGUACUAAAUAGUAAUUCACUUCUAUUUGCCCCGAUAGUGAAUCUUUAACGUAUCAGCUAACAUAAUUUAUUGCUAGUUUAUAUCAAUCAGCAAGUUAAAUUGAGUGAUCUGCAGGCUGCACAAGACAUUUAACUUAACACAAGCUUGGGGAGGAUGACAGAGAAAUGCGGACAGUGAGCAUUCACAGGGUUUAAAAAAUAAAUCAAAUUUACAAGAAGAACUGGAGGAAAAGGGGGGAAAAUCAAGCCAAAGUUACCAAAUAUUUUAAAUGUUUAUGUUUUAAUGUUUAUAUAGACACCAUAAAAUUUGUUUGACUCUUCAUUAUUUUGUGAUCACUUAAUGUGCUGCAUUAAAUUCUUCUGAUUUACUUUUUGAUUGCAUCACUCACUAAUCUUUGAUAUUAACGUGAUCAUAUUAACCUUCCAUAAACCAGUGCAUCUUAUAAGCAACAGGUAAGGGGGAUUGAAGGUAACUAGAUAUUGAUAUGGAUGAAUGGGUUGCUGGAUGUAUGUCAAGUUGAAUUUUACUGUAUUGCUUUAGAAAAAUAUUACAGACCUUUGUAAGAGCUACUUGACUCUGUCUUCUCUGGGACAGAACAUUUGAAUUGAGUUAAG